UUCUAAUUUAUUCAAGUAAAUGCCGACUCUUCUUGCUGGCUUUGUUUAAAUAAAGGGAAAGGCCCCAGAAAAAAUUGAUGUUUCAUUUGUGUAAAGCUUACAUUCAGUCAGUUGGCUUGACUUAGAAAAAGAAAAACUCCAAUCAAACACCAAUUUAAUCCUGCUGGAGAUUUAAGCCACAAAAAGCUGCGCAUAUUCCUUAAUCGAAGUCGAUAAGAGACUAAAACUACAACUAUGGAGAAUUGGCUGGCCUGUUCUUAUAAGAAACUUACGGAGGAGGAUGAUUUCGCCGACUGCUGGAUAAUUGUUGGUGCGCGGAAAUUCGGAUGCCAUAGGGUGAUAUUGGGCGUGGCUUCGGAGUUCUUUAAGCGCGCAUUCCAGCCUGGUUUUGCAGAGGCGAAAAAAAGGGAGUUAAACCUAACUGAUGUCACGCCGGAAAUUUUCGAAAAGUUUCGGCUCUAUGUAUACGCCUACGACAAGGACACGCUCAAUAGUUACAGCAACUCGGAUAUCAUCAAGCUGAAGGAGUGCGCCAACAUGUGGAUGGUAGAACCACUUAAAAUUGCCUGUGACGAGAUCUUCAGGAUAAGGUUUCCCCAGAUGUCGUACCCGGAUUUGCUACUAUACUUUGAGCAUGCGCAUCACGUACAUGACAGGAAUCUCAUCGAAGUGAUUGUGCUGUUUUUGAAAAAAAAGAUUUCAAUGUCAUCGAUUCCCGAAGAAAUUUAUGAACUUGGCUCAGAUGUGUUUAGAGAGUUUUUGAUGGUCAUCAGGGGAUCGGUGACUGAGAGAGUGCGUUAUGACAUGGUGCAGAAGUAUGUCGGGGUAUAUGGGUUUGUGCUCAACCUGAGCGAUCUCAACAAGUGGGAGUUCCACGGAUUCUCCAAUCAAAGCGAAACAAAACCCGCCGUCACGUCAGUAUUUAAGUUUGGACCUUCCAAUCCAAGUGAGAAAACAGCGGAUGACUAUGCCAACCCAAAUCCCUUCAAGGUUGAGAAAUUGAACUCCACCGAACGUAACGCUAUACCCUUUGAUCCCAGGGCAAAGAAAAUCAACAGCGAAUAUGUGAAGAACAUUUUGGGUCUUAUCGAGUACACAAAAAUGACAGCCAACGAGUUCUUCGAGGGGCCUGGAAAAUCCAAAAUGAUGACAUUUGAGGACAAGUUCAACUUUAUGUAUAAGAUAGCAACUAGGAGGAGUAUUUAACUGAUCUAAAUAUGAGAAAAACAGGCAAAACUUAGCUUUAAAUGUGUUGCCAUUGAUUCGAAAGCUGUGCAAGCUAAUCCAUUUUUGUUUAAAACUUCUACACAAGACUGUAAUCGUUUGUAAAUAAACUUGCUUAAACUAUGUAUGUAUUUACACAAAAUAAAACUCAACUUUAACCAA